AGCAUCAGAUUAUCUGUAAAAUCUUAGCGGAAAGGAUGGCGCAGAAAUCGUACCAGGCCGCGUUCAAGCGCGUAAGACCGUUGAUGUCAACGGACUGCUGCGAAGCCCGCCGACGGGUCAUCUCUCUGUAUAAAGCCGUUUAUCGCUACAUCCCUAGGAUAGUGAAAUAUUACGACAUCCCUAAAAAUGAAAACGACGUCCGCUUGAAAGUACGAGAAUUGUUCUACAAGAACGCUUGCGUCACAGACGUUAGAGUUAUUGAUCUCCUAGUUAUCAAGGGCUGGAUGGAAUUUAUGGAACUUAGACACAAUUGGCAAAUGAAGGGCCGCCUAUUCGCCUACUGGAACCCAACCAUAGAACCCAAGCCUUGCGACUUCCUCACCAAGUUCUUGGCCGGAAUAGAAACCUAAGAUUUU